AUGUACCUUGUCUACUUUGACAACCUGCUCGACGUGCGAAGAGGCAAGGAGCAGAUCGCCUUCAACCGACUUCGGGAUGGCGCUCUCUCCACCAACAUGAUCGCGGCGUGCUGCAAGACGCUCCUGUGUGUGGAGCACCCACGGUACGAGGGCCAAUCUGUGCUCCUCUUCCCGGACUUCUGCCCGAUCUCGGGCCUGGAGCCCUUGCCGGCGGCUUCCCGGGUUCACAUCCGGGACUGGCCCGCGGAGGCCUACGCCAAGCUGCCGUCCCUGCCGGGGACUUGGCGGGAGGAUGGGAGGCUACAUGCCGAGACGGAGGAAGACAAGGUCGCGGUGGCCAGAAACACUGAAGCCGUGCGGGCGAAGAUGUCUCAGGAUGCCAGCGGUUUUCUCACCUUUCAGCAGCUCCUGCGAGCGGCCGGGGGCCAGGUCGACACGCUCCACCUGCCCGAGGGCGCACAGAGCCGCAGCAUCAAGGCAAGCCUGGCGGAGUAG